AUGGAUGAAUUCGAGUCUACCAAACUUUCGAAAGUGCAAUUUGCCACUAGCGUGAUAAGUACGCCCUCAACUGAUGGAAAUAAUCUAAUCCACAGAUUUAAGAACUCUUUCAAGCGAAAUGAUUCAUCAGCUAUCCAAGAUGGCCUGCUGUACUCUGAACUUUCGGAGGAAGAAAAAAUACAAUGGGACUUAGCUAACCAACCGUAUAAAAAGGUUCUAGAUCAAAGGCACUUGACCAUGAUAGCCAUUGGAGGUACCCUAGGGACGGGGCUUUUCAUUGGUUUGGGGGAAUCACUAGCGUCCGGACCUGCUUCUUUGCUUAUUGGAUUCUUGUUGGUCGGCGCGUCUAUGCUCUGCGUUGUUCAGUGCGGAGCCGAACUUUCAUGCCAGUAUCCUGUCUCCGGUUCCUAUGCUCUACAUGCUAGUAGAUUUAUAGACCCGUCAGUCGGCUUUAGUAUAGGAAUUAAUUAUUUAUUGAUGUGGCUCAUAUCUUAUCCCAGCGAGUUGGUAGGAUGUUCGCUUACCAUCUCUUAUUGGGCACCAUCGGUCAAUCCUGCUGCGUGGGUUGCAAUCGCUUUCGUUUUAAGCAUGUUACUGAAUCUUUUUGGGGCGAGAGGUUUUGCAGAAUCUGAGUUUUAUAUGUCAAUCUUCAAAAUCGUGGCCCUUUUCAUCUUUAUAAUUAUUGGUAUUGUCCUCAUUGCAGGCGGUGGGCCUGAUUCUACUGGAUACAUUGGCACGAAGUACUGGCACAAUCCAGGCUCCUUCGCCGUUCCAGUUUUCAAAAAUCUCUGUAAUACUUUUGUUUCAGCCGCAUACUCAUUUAGUGGUACAGAAAUGGUUGUUCUAACUAGUACUGAAGCAAGAAGUGUUUCUUCGGUGUCCCGGGCAGCGAAGGGUACCUUCUGGAGAAUUGUCAUCUUCUACAUCGUUACUGUGAUUAUCAUUGGUUGUCUGGUCCCUUAUAAUGAUCCUCGUCUGAUUAACGGUUCAUCCAGUGAGGAUAUUACUGCUUCUCCCUUUGUUAUUGCUUUGAGCAAUACUGGUGCUAUGGGAACAAGAGUGUCACAUUUUAUGAAUGCGGUCAUCUUGAUAGCCGUAUUUUCUGUUUGCAACUCUUGCGUUUAUGCAUCUUCAAGAUUGAUUCAGGGUUUGGCCACAGCAGGCCAGCUUCCAAAGAUCUGCGCUUAUAUGGACAGGAGCGGCCGGCCUUUAGUUGGUAUGGCUAUAUGCGGCGCUUUUGGGCUGUUAGGCUUUUUGGUUGUUUCCAAGAACCAGGGCACUGUUUUCACAUGGUUGUUUGCAUUGUGUUCUAUUUCGUUUUUCACAACUUGGUUCUGUAUCUGCUUUUGUCAAGUCAGAUUCAGGAUGGCAAUGAAAGCUCAAGGAAGGUCAAAGGAUGAUAUUAUCUACAGGUCGACGCUAGGGAUCUAUGGAGGAAUUUUUGGCUGUGUUUUAAAUGUUCUGUUGGUGAUUGGGGAAAUAUAUGUAUCGGCCGCACCCGUGGGCAGCCCUAGUUCUGCGGCGAACUUCUUUGAAUAUUGUAUGAGUAUUCCAAUUAUGAUUGCCGUUUAUAUUGGCCAUAGAAUUUACCGCAGAGACUGGAGGCACUGGUACAUCAAGCGGGGGGACAUCGACCUCGAUAGUGGACAUUCCCUAGAGGAUUUUGAAGCUACAAAACUUGAGAGGGAUGAGGAUAAGAAAUAUGUUGCCUCCAAACCACUGUACUAUAAGAUUUACCGUUUUUUCUGUUAA